CAACUGCGGUUUUUGUCUCUCUAUCUUAACCCUCUAUAUUUGAUUUGAUUCCCAAACAUAUAUUUUUUUGGAAUCAUUUCCAACACAAUCACCACCACCUUUGCAAAAGUUGUAGAAAGAGGCUAUAGCAAAAAGGGGUUGAGGUUUUUUUCUUCAACCCCAUGUCCAAUUCAUCUUCAAAACGCAGGCCAGAAAUUCAGAAGACAUGAGAGAUAAGAACUGAUUGGAAAUUUCUUUGAAGGAGAAAAAAAUAUUGAUUCCACAAUGAAUUGUUGUGGUGUUGGUAUGAGAUUUUGCUAGAAGAAAAAAAAAAGGUUUUGAUAAAUAUUUAGCAUUAAAAGAUAGGAAACUUGUAGGUGGGUGAAAAUCCAAUAUGGCAACACAAUUGAUGCAGUCACUAGCUGUUAGCACUCCUAGGAAAAAAAUGACAAAACAAUUGACAGGAAAAAGGGAUGAUACACCUUUGCAUUCAGCAGCAAGAGCAGGGAAUUUAGAUGUUGUGAAAGAUACCCUUAAAGAUGCUGAAGAGGAUGAAUUGCUUGACUUAUUGGCUAGGCAGAAUCAAGAUGGUGAAACAGCUCUUUAUGUUGCUGCUGAGUAUGGUUAUAUUGAUGUUGUAAGGGAAAUGAUUCAAUAUUAUGAUCUUACUGCUGCUGGAGUUAAAGCUAGAAAUGGUUUUGAUGCUUUUCACAUUGCUGCUAAACAAGGAGAUAUAGAUAUAUUGAAGAUCCUUAUGGAGGUUCAUCCUGAAUUAUCAAUGACAGUGGAUCCAUCCAACACCACAGCUUUACACACAGCUGCAACACAAGGACAUAUUGAGAUAGUGAAAUUUCUAUUGGAAGCAGGAAGUAGCUUGGCAACUAUUGCUAAAAGUAAUGGGAAAACAGCUCUUCAUUCGGCUGCAAGAAAUGGCCAUUUGGAGGUUGUGAAAGCACUUCUUGAGAAGGAGCCUAGUGUUGCAAUAAGGACUGAUAAGAAGGGUCAGACAGCACUUCACAUGGCAGUGAAAGGACAAAAUCUUGAAGUAGUGGAGAAGUUGAUAAAAGCUGAUCCCUCCACAAUAAACAUGGUUGAUACAAAGGGAAACACAGCAUUGCAUAUAGCAACCAGGAAAGCCAGGUGUCAGAUUGUAAAGAUGCUUCUUGGAGAGAAGGAAACAAACAUAAGUGCUGUGAAUAGAUCAGGUGAAACAGCAAUAGACACUGCUGAGAAAGUAGGGAGCCAUGAUGUUCAAGCCAUUCUAUUAGAACAUGGUGUUCAAAGUGCCAAAUCCAUAAAACCACAAACCACAGCUCGCGAGUUGAAACAAACCGUAAGCGACAUAAAACAUGAGGUACAUUACCAAUUAGAACACACUCGACAGACCCGAAAACGCGUCCAAGGAAUUGCAAAACGCAUCAACAAGAUGCAUGCAGAAGGACUGAACAAUGCAAUAAACUCAACAACAGUUGUUGCAGUACUAAUAGCAACAGUUGCAUUUGCUGCUAUUUUCACUGUCCCUGGCCAAUUUGUUGAUGAUCCAAACAAUAUUCCACCAGGGAUGACACUUGGUGAAGCAAAUAUAGCUCCACAAGCACCAUUCAUAAUUUUCUUUGUGUUUGAUUCUAUUGCACUUUUCAUUUCUCUUGCUGUUGUGGUAGUGCAAACCUCUGUUGUUGUUAUAGAAAGCAAAGCAAAGAAACAAAUGAUGGCUAUUAUUAACAAGCUUAUGUGGUUAGCUUGUGUGCUUGUUUCUGUGGCAUUUUUGGCUUUGUCAUUUGUUGUGGUUGGAAAAGAAGAAAAGUGGUUGGCAAUUGGUGUUACAAUUAUAGGGACGACUAUAAUGGCUACAACUUUGGGAACUAUGUGUUAUUGGGUUAUUAAGCAUCGAAUUGAGUCUUCAAAUUUGAGGAAUAUUCGGAAAUCUUCAAUGGAAAGCAAGUCAAAGUCUUUUUCUGUGUCUGCUUUUUCAGAUUCUGAGCUGUUAAACAAUGAGUUUAAGAAAAUGUAUGCAAUUUAGGAGAGUUUUAUACUUGAAGCACUUAGCAUGAUGGAACUAUAUCCAACUAAGGUAGGAUUUCAAAUGUAUAUCUCUCAAGAAAUGGCUAAAUGUAAACAACGCAUUAACUAUGUAGUAAAUAGUCUGGCCAAUAGGGUGUUUGUUACUGUUAUGGUAGAGAGUAUCAAACUUGAUUUUACCUCUUGCAUAAUCAAUUUUAAAUAAUAAUAAAAAGUACAUGAAUGAAUGUGAUUACUGUAA